AUGGAUGGGAUUUACAACACAGCAGACGAUUUCUCCAGCGGCAUCGGCCAUGAAAUACCCGACAACAUGGACCGUGACUCUCCUGACUCUACAACAGAGACUGUGAAUCAUCAGGGCAUCCAUGGAGAUGUCGUUAAAAAUAAUGUCAGUGUGAGCCGCCCAGAUGUCCAAGUCAGUGAUGUAAAAAACCAAGAAGAAGAAGACGUCGACCAGAAUGGAUCUCGACCAGAGACCAUCAAGUAUUCUGACAAAGCGGACCCUGAGGAUCAACAAGACAUCCCUGCCAGUCCAGAGGAGCAGGAAGACAUCUCAUUGGGCAACGCGGAACAUCCUUUGCAUCCUUUGCAGGACGACCACAGCAACGCUUCGGCUGAAAAUUCUGACCAGGAUGGUAGACCUUUUUACAACUCUAACAACGUAGCAGGACGUACAUCGUUACCGGCUGUCUGCACUUCCUACUCACAAAUCGGCAAAGGUGAAGAGAAUCAAGCACUUUACAUGAAAAGGCGUUCUCUACCGGCAAUGUGCACUUCACACACACACGCUUACCACGCUGAACGGAACCAAACGCUCUACGUUGACAACCCUGGUAUAGACACUGAAAAAUCCCUGUCCAAAGACAUCUACAAUACUGACGACUGUAGCGCAGAUAAUGAAGUGCAAUACCAGCUGAAGAGUACCUCCCCCGAAACAUCAGCCUCUGCUUACCAAUGCGGCGGAGAUGUAGCUAAUGCCAAUAUGGACAGACCAGAUAUCGAAGUCGAAAAUGCACAUAACGAAGCAGAAGACGAGGCUGGAACUCGACCAAAGACGAUCAAACAGUUAAAUGACGCUAAAAUCUCUGCUCAGAACAAAGCAGAAACCAAAGCCCGGCCAGACAAUGAGUUCAUCCGUCCUUAUGCAGUUGCUUAUUGCCGAGACAGCCAAAUAAACGGCGAACAAGAUGUCCAACCGUACGCCGUUGCUUAUGACGAACAGGAUGGACAUAAUGAGGACCAAACUGGUCGUUCUGUCAACAAUCCCCAGAGCGGAAACAAAGCCGUAUCAAGCGAUGAGUGCAUCCGUCCGUAUGCUGUCAGGUAUCAGUUGGACGGCCAAACAAACGGUGACCAAGACGAUGCCUGUGACGUCCAACCGUACGCCGUUGCUUAUGAUGUACAGGAUGGACAUUGUGAGACCCAAACACCGACUGGCCGUUGUGCCGACAGUUCUCAGCCUGGAAGCACUGCCGAGGCUGUGGAUAACAAAGCGGGCGGUCUGCGCCCCAACCCCAUGUACAGCGGGAACGGGUUACACUUAAACCCCAUGUACGCCCCUAAUAUUACACAACCAAGGGCAGGUGAAGCUAAUGCGUGUGCACUGACUCGAUCUUGCCUGGCCUAUGUCAUCACUACGGGAGUGGUGGUGACGGUGAUAACGGUUCUGGCAGCUCUUAUUAUUGCAGCCUUCCUACCAGGAAAACAGAACAAUCAAAUGCAAACUACAUGGACAGAACCCUCUUUCACUGGUAAAACUACAAGGCCCAACCUCACCGCUAAAACUACAUGCCCCACCUUCACAGACACAACUACAGAUGACGUAACCCGACAGGUGAACUACACGUCAUCUCCACCAACCAGCACUGCAGAGAACGAAAAUAAAGACCUCGAACAAACGACGAUUGUCUUCGGUGGAGAAGGAAAGGAACCGGGCCAGCUUGACGGACCAAAAGCUGUUGUCGUGUCUCCUAGCAACGAGAUGUUUGUAGCGGACACCUACAACAGGCGAGUUCAAGUCUUCAGCAUGACGGGCGUCUACCUCCGCCAUUUUCCUGCCGUUAUUUCCGGAGAAGCCUCCGAAACGAUAGAACCCGAGGACAUAUCUAUGGACGGGGAGGGUCACCUGUGGGUGGUGGGAGACAAAGACAACGAUCUGACAGGGUUCAUCGUUCGGUAUACGACAAUGGGGCAUCACCUUGCAACGCUUCGUGCAACAUUCACCAACGAUUCUUUCAUUGGCAUCACGGUGGACACACCUCGCAAUCUUGUCGUAGUCACAGAGUUCUGGAUCCGGAGUGAUUAUGGGGAAGUGAAGCUUCUGCAUUUCAACGGGACUGUCGUUCGUAAGUUUAGGACGGAGAAGGGCCCAGAGUACCCCGGGCGGGUCGCAGUGGGGCGGGAGGGAAACCUGCUUGUGUCCGACCUGUUUGUGUCCGACAUCCCUGUGUACGUCUAUAACAACACUGGCCACUACCUGUCUAGUUUCGGCGGUGACAGAAUUGGUGACGGUGAGGCAGAAGUCGGUCAGAGAAUCUUGGUCAUGGGAAUGUGUACGGACAUUUCAGGGGACGUUUUGGUGGGGACAGGGUUUGGUGGGACGGUGGAGAGGUUUACCCAGAACGGGCGGUACGUUCGCAGCGUCGCUACCAACAUGUCCAGCUCAUGCGGUGUGGCAGUAACACCGGGUGGACAGCUGGUAGUGACAGAUUAUUACGACAGUACCGUCACUAUAUUCUCACGCUAUUGA